UGAGUUGAAAAGGUGGGAGUUCGCGCAGGCGCAGUUAACGAUCAAUAACAAUUGGCUCCUAUGCAAAGUCAUCGUUUAGCUGUACCGUAUUCUGUGUCCAUACAAAAAAUUGUACUGCAGUUUUAAGAAUGUAUACUUCAUUUCAAAAGCUAACGUGUUUUAACUGAUUAGGUGAGAAAAUGUCUGUUACAUAAUGCAUUGCAUUCAAUAGAAAGCAUGAUGUAUGCAUUAAUCUUGUAAUUACAAAUAGUAAGUUAUUUUUUCACAUCUUAUGUAACUGACGGCACUCGUAAGUUAUACAACAGUGUUUAAUUUCUGACCGAUUGUGGGCUAUUGAAGAUCUAAUAUUAUUACUUGUUGAAUUCAAGCAAAUUAUAUAAACAUGUUGCAGUUUGGAACUCCCGUCUAUACGUUAUCUCAGUUAGUUUUACCAUUUAAAAAUGUUUCUUCCAUUUUAUCUGGUUAUGCAAACAAAAUAACUGUGAAAAUUAGGGAAAGGAAACGUAAUAAUCAAGAUGAUUCUAAAAGUAUUAUUUGUGCUAGAAGUUUGCAAGAAGUUUUACAUAAUGUUGAUCCAGCUCUUAUUAGAAUGUGUUCAUAUUUAACUUCAAAACGGCAAAUUGAUGCAAUUGAUCAAGGUUUGAAUUUACAUCCUGUUGUUUAUUCUUCUGCUGCAACAUUUUUUGAAAAUAAAUGUGGAUUCCCUGAAGUUGAUUUAUGUCGAAACUAUUUAUUGCCCAGAAACAGCAAUUUAGUUUGCCCUCAAAUAUAUUUUACUGUUUUACAAAAGAGAGGAUUUAAAACUCGUAGUUUUAAGAAGGUCACAGGCUUGAGAACAAGCUCAGAAAGUGUUGAAUCCACUUCAAAUUGGAUUGAGCGUAUUCCAGUGAUACGUGGAUGGACAAGCAAAGAUAAAGCCAAAACUCAGAGUGAAGUUGAACAACAACGGAAAUUAAAAACUUUGCUUUCAGAUGAAAGCUUAAGUCUUGAAGAACAACAAAGAUUAAGAAUUGCAUUUGCUGAAGGAUACAGUGCAGCCGAUUCCAAAGAAAAAACAAGUUCAAAGUUAGGAAUGUUUAAUAUUUUUAGAGAUCUCCUUGGAAUAAUUUUAAUUUUAUAUAUCCUUUCAUCUGUAAUGACAGGUUCAUUUCGAAGAGUUUUCAUGGGUACUGCUAAUGAAGUAUAUCCCGAAGAAAUUGAUGUAACAUUUGAAGAUGUUAAAGGUGUAGAUGAAGCCAAGCAGGAAUUACAAGAAAUUGUAGAAUUUUUACGCAAUCCAGAAAAAUUCUCUGCUUUAGGGGGUAAAUUACCAAAAGGUGUGUUAUUAGUUGGUCCACCUGGAACAGGAAAAACAUUAUUGGCUAGAGCAGUUGCUGGUGAAGCUGAUGUACCUUUCUUCCAUGCAGCAGGUCCAGAAUUUGAUGAGAUACUUGUGGGACAGGGUGCGCGGAGAGUUAGAGAUCUUUUCAGUCGAGCAAAAUCCAGGGCACCUUGUGUUAUUUUUAUUGACGAAAUUGAUUCUGUUGGUGCAAAACGCAGCAAUUCUUUACUUCAUCCAUAUGCUAAUCAAACCAUUAAUCAAUUACUCACUGAAAUGGAUGGUUUUCGUCAAAAUGAAGGCGUUAUUGUCUUGGGAGCUACAAACCGUCGAGAUGAUUUGGAUAAAGCGCUGCUACGACCAGGCAGGUUUGAUGUUGAAAUCAAUGUUAGUAUCCCAGAUCUUAAUGGACGUAAAGAAAUACUAGAACUGUACCUUGGUAAGGUAAAGCUUGCUUCAGAUGUAAAUGUUGAAGUAUUAGCUCGUGGAACAACUGGAUUUACUGGAGCUGAUUUGGAAAAUAUGGUUAAUCAAGCAGCUUUAAGAGCUGCUAUCGAUAAAGCAGAGGCAGUAUCUAUGUUGUAUUUGGAGAAUGCUCGAGAUAAAGUUCUUAUGGGACCAGAGAGGAAAUCUCGAAUCCCAGAUGAAGAAGCCAAUAUUAUCACUGCUUAUCAUGAAGCUGGCCAUGCCUUAGUAGCUCAUUAUACAAAAGAUUCACAUCCAUUGCAUAAAGUAACGAUUAUACCAAGAGGCCCUUCUCUAGGACAUACUGCAUAUAUUCCUGAGAAAGAGCACUAUCAUGUAACUAGAUCACAAAUGCUUGCUCAAAUGGACACACUUAUGGGUGGCAGAGUAGCUGAAGAACUGAUAUUUGGACAUGAGAAAAUUACCUCUGGAGCAGCAAGUGAUUUAAAACAAGCCACAGCAAUUGCAACACAUAUGGUGAAAGAAUGGGGAAUGUCGGAUAAAGUUGGAGUGCGCACUUUUGAUGAAGACCGCAACUCACUUGUUGUAGUGAGUGAUUUAUCAGCUACUACUACUGAGGUAAUUGAUGCAGAAAUUAAACGUCUUCUUAGUGAAUCGUAUGAAAGAGCAAAGAACAUACUUAAAAUACAUUGUAAAGAACAUAAAUUGAUAGCUGAAGCUUUACUAAAAUAUGAGACCUUAGAUGCAGGUGAUGUCAAAGAACUAAUUUCUAAUAAUGUUAUGUCCCGUGUUAUAAAAAAAUGAAAAGUUAUUAUUGUAGGUAAUGUAAAAAGUUUAAAUAUUUUUAAAUAGUAAAAUCUGUAACUUUUCUGUUUUGUUUAUUUAAUAUCACUUAGUUUUACAUGUUGAAAUUUUAGCUGUUUAUUUUAGUAUUAUUCAAAAGAAUCGAAAUGCAUCUGAUUCUUUUCUUGUCUGCUCUACAAAACUGUUUAAUUAUUUUAAAUGUAAUUAGUCUAAAAAGGAUUUAGCUUGUAAUUCUGUUUCAACUGUUAAUGAUUUUAAUCAUUUUCUUGUAAAACUGCCUUCCACCCUUGUACUUAAUUUCAAAGACAACCUAUUGGAAUAAUAUUUUGUUUUGCAAACUAUUCUGGGAAAAAAAUAAAUCAGUAUUUUAAAAGU